AUAUAUUUUUUCCACUGACAUAUGCAAUAUCAAAAAACUGGUGACCACUUAAAAGGUGCUUUAAUCCAUGGGCUGUAGGAGCCACUAAAAAAAUGGUGUAUGAACCAGUCUUGUUAAUAGUUCACAAUGCUCCUCAAGAUUUUUAUCUCUUUGAAAAGCAAAAAUAACUGUAAAGGUAUAGAUUCAUACAGUGACAUUUCAUCAGCUAGAGAACAGGAAGGGUGGUAUCUUCAUUCUUCUUUGCUCUUACUUCAGGGAAACUUGGCAUGACCCAUGGGGUAAUGUAUACAACAAUUUCCUAUGACAGUGUAAGUCAAAUAACUUAACUUUAAAGUUCUUAUAUUGUAACCAACUAAACAUGCUGCUAUAUCAACUUACAGAAACUUUUAUUCAUUUAAAGAGAAAUUCUGACACUAAGGUUGAAUAAAGUUUCUAUGAAGUCAGUUAGUUUGGUGAGAAAGUUCAAAGCUGACACUCCCAGAAACACUUUUUACAAAUCCAGAUGAAAACAUUUGUGAUGUGGAGUGGGCAGAAAAAUUGUAUAGACCAGACAAAAUAUUCCUCUUUCAAGAUUUAGCUACAGAUAAUUAGUUACCAUUCUUGGCAACUACAUAAAAUGUAUUAGAUACCAGCCCUUAAACUUACCAGUUCAGCACCAGUUCUCUUAUUCUGGAGUCAAGAAAUAUUAAUUUUAUUUAAUGGAAGUUUCUCAUGUGGGCAUUGCCACAGUCAGACUAUGCUAGGAUAGGCUACAUUGAGCAUGCUGCUGAUUUCACUCCAUUUUGCAUUCUGCCUACAAAUGUGCCCACUUUGAAUCACCAGUCUUCUCACCAGUACCUAAAGAUAUCUCUUGAAAAAAACCCAAACAAACAAAAAAAAGAAAAGAAGAGGUAUUACAUAUAACAAACAUAUGGUUACUAUUUACCUAGGAAGCAAUACCUUAUUUGAGGUCAGUUUUCUCAUAAUUAUCAUAGGAAUAUGAUAAUUUCCAUGUCUCAGUGGAAAGAUGGUACUUCUGAUCUCACUAUUUUUUCUUGGCCCUUCAAAGUCCUCAGACUCCAAAUCUUAACCAUGAAGAGAUGUUUUAAGGUAACCUUUAAAGCUUUUAAGAAGAGGUUACUUCUAAUUCUCCCUCUACCCAUUUUUUUAAUAGGUGGACUUCGGCUUUUGUAGGUUGGGGUAUAAAAAGAUUACUACUACUCCAUCAUGUAUCAAAAUUUUAUUGUCUAUUUGGAUAAGGAAACAAGGACUAUGGCAAUGGGAAAGUUCCUCUUCCAAAAUAAGAAAAGAAGUGGCAUCUUUCAUCUCAACAACUGUGUUUCUAAUGUAUUUUGAAUAUUAAACUUCCUACUUGAAUUCAUUUUAAAAGUCAGAAAAAAAUCCACUGCAAUUGUUUAUUUUGUUUCUGGUAUAAAGUAUUUUCAGUGUGAGAACAAGUGUGUGAUGAAUUGUCUUCUUAAGAAUCACUAGUUCAUUUUAUUUUUAAUUCCUGCCACUUAUAAUUCCCCAAACACAGUGAAAGUAAUCAUAAUGGCUAAGUUUCAGCAGGCAUAAAUCAACAGCAAUACAUAAGACAAAAUCUCACUUAAAUGUUUAGUAUGUGCAAUGACAUAUGACUACAAAAAGAUCUAUGGUGCUUCUACAGGAAGGGCAGUUAAUAAAUUGCCCUUAUACGCUUAGCCAUGUUUCAAAAGAAUAACCCAAAGGAACAGAAAAUAAGCAUACAGAAUGGUUUAAUGGUUUUCUAAAACUCCACUAUUUAAAGUACACCCCAGUUAAGCAAAUGUGCCAUUAGCCAGUUUUUGCUCAGAAUUAAAGAAAACUUUCAGAGCCAGGAUGCCUUUCCCUGAACCAUGGGGGCUUCAGAAAUGAGUAAGAAAUACGGAAUCUUUGCAGGAGAAAAGUGUAUAUCUGCUUUUUUUUCCCCUGAAUAUUAGACAUGAUGUGAUGUAAUGAAAUGAAAAAGCUGAAAAGUGAAAAAAUAAUCAAUAAGGAAGAGACUGAGAUAAAAUGUCUGAAUUCUUAACCCAUGGUCAUUUGAAUCCUGAAUAAAUGCUGCUUUCUGAGUAACCUGGAAAAUUAAUAAAAAAGGCUAGCAAAAGUUCUUCUUGUGAAACUUAUUCAGACUGAUUUCUGGAAAAAGCAUCUUACUAAUCAAGCAUGUUCAAAAUACAGCAGUUACAAAUAAUUUAAACAGAAAAUUUCUAACUCACUCAGGAAUUAAACAAGCCUCUUGAAUCCACAUUCAGAAAACAUCAACAAUUUAGGACACAAAUUUAAAACAAGGUAAGCUAUGAACAGUCCUGUAUGAUAGCAAGGUUUCUUGAGAAGCAAAGCAGUUUUAACGUGAAAGCAGACAACAGGGCCUCAACACAAAGUACCACUCAUGCUACUUGCUCAUAUUGACAUGGCCACUAAAACAAAGCUCCCUCAAAAGCUAUCUAAAGCCUUUUAGUAAGAGAAAGAAGAGGGGUUUGUGCACAGCUUUAGUCUAGAAAUGUAUUCUAAGUGUGUGCAGUUGCAUACAACUUCAUGUGUAAUCAGUUUCUAACAUAUUUACUAAAUUUGCAACACAGUAGUCUGCUCAUUGCCUUAUUUCCCCCAUCAUUACUGGAUAUCUUAUAUACCUAAGUAUUUAGGCAUUUCCUCCUGCCCUUAGGCACUUAUUGACUCGAUUGGCGAUGCUUUAGAAAAACAAAAAAUGCCAAAAGGAAAGGCAAGUCAUUGAAAGGAUGGGUACCCAUUAUGUUUCGUUUUCAGUGUGCUUUCCAACACCUUCUUUUUGCUCUGAAUUUGUGUCUUACUGGGCAAGAAGAAUCUUUAAAAGGGGAAUUUCUGAAGAACAUCUGGAUCAUUCUGACGAGCCCCUCAUGGAGCUGGAGCCAUGUUCAAUUGCAUCCUCAUUGGCAGCGUUUUCGGGAACCUA